AUGAAAGAAUUUUUGAAAUUUUUAGUUCAUCUCGCUAAGAUAGAUAAUAGAUUUAAAAUAAGUGGGUCUAAUGCACUUAAUAUAUUGGUUGUAAUGUAGGUGGCUCUAAAAAACUAAAAUUUUGAAAAUAUAAGAAUAUCAAAUACUUCCUUAUUUGGAGGUAAUUAUCUAAAUCUUAAUUUAAGAAUGUGAAUAUCAAUAAUGGAGUUAAUUUACAUGGAGCUUAAUUUUUUGGAUUUAAUUGGUAAUAAUUCAAAAUAAACGAUUUAUAUUAAUUAGAUGGUCAUACUCAUUAUGUCCUCUCAAUCUGUUUCUCUCCUGAUGGAAACACAUUAGCUUCUGGUAGUUAUGAUUAGUCUAUCCGUCUAUGGGAUGUCAAAACAGGAUAAUAAAAAGCCAAAAUUAGAUGGUCAUUAAUAUUAAGUCAACUCAGUCUGUUUAUCUACUGAUGGAAAUACAUUAGCUUCUGGUAGUAGUGAUAAGUCUAUCCGUCUAUGGGAAAUCAAAAACAAGCAUUAUUCAGAUUAUAGAUUUAAAGAAAUUUAGGUUAAAAAUGCAAAAUAUCCUUUUUUUAACACACUUUUGCAGAAAAAUAAUAUACAUAAAAUUUAGAUACAUCUAAUAUUAUGGUUUACCCAGACUUCACUUUUUCAAGGUUAAAGAGAGUUUUUUAUAAAGAACCGUUUCCAUUUAGGAGAAUUAUUGCAGUAUAACACUUGA